GAGUCCGAACUGCCAGAACCCGAAGAGGGGCCGGGGGCGCGGAGCCUGGGGAGCCGGGCCCCGAAAGCAAAGCCGGGAGAGCGGACUGAGGCGGGAACUGGCCGGCAGCCCGUGCCCCUCAGACACCUGCUCGCCCGCCCAGCCCAUCGGCGCCCGCAGAGUGGCCCUCGGGCCCCCACCCGGGCCCAGUCCCGCCCCGGGCCCCCCAUGGCCCGGGCCGCAGUUCUCCCGCUGUCCAGGUCGUCGCCGACGCUGCCGCUGCUGCCGUUGCUGCUUCUGCUGCUCCGAGAAACCGGCGCCCAGGAUGUGGGUGUCCUCGUGCCGCCAGAAGUGCGGGGCCGCCUGGGGAGCACUGUGGAGCUGCCCUGCCACCUCCUGUCCCCAGCUUCUGAAGUCCGAGUCUCGCAGGUGAUGUGGCUGUAUCAGGAUGGGACCAAGAGCUACCAGAACGUGGCCACUUUCCACCCUCUAUAUGGACCCAACUUCCCCAGCCAGAAGCUUGGCAAGGAGCGGCUGUCCUUUGUCACCGCCAGCCAGAGCUCUGGGGCCGGGCAAGGCUCAGAGAAUGUACUGCGGGACGCCACACUGGCCCUCCGGGGGCUGACCGUGGAGGACGAGGGCAACUACACCUGCGAGUUUGUCACCUUCCCCCAGGGAACCAGUCGUGGGGUGACCUGGCUCAGAGCCAUAGCCCAGCCCCAGAACCACGCUGAAAAGCAGGAGGUCACCCUCAGCCUGGAGCCUGUGCCCGUGGCACGCUGUGUCUCCACGGGGGGCCGCCCCCCGGCCCGAAUCUCCUGGAUCUCGCCCCUGGAUGGCGAGGCCACAGAGAGCCAGGUGCAGGGGCCCGUGCCCGGCACAGUCACUGUCACCAGCCGCUUCACCUUAGUGCCCCUGGGCCGAGCAGAUGGUGUCAAGGUCACCUGCAAAGUGGAGCAUGAGAGCUUGGAGGAGCCAGCCUUGCUGCCCGUGACCCUCUCCGUGCGCUACCCCCCUGAGGUCUCCAUCUCCGGCUACGAUGACAACUGGUACCUCGGCCGAAACGAGGCCACACUGAACUGUGAUGUCCGCAGCAACCCUGAGCCCACAGGCUAUGACUGGAGCACGACUUCAGGCGUCUUCCCAGCCUCAGCGGUGGCCCACGGCCCCAAGCUGGUCAUCCACUCAGUGGACAGGCUGGUCAACACCACCUUCAUCUGCACAGUCACCAAUGCCAUGGGUUCAGGCCACGCUGAACAGGUUGUCCUUGUUCGAGAAACCCCCAAUACGGCAGGUGCAGGGGCCACGGGUGGCAUAAUUGGAGGCAUCAUCGCCGCCAUCAUUGCCACAGCUGUGGCUGCCACGGGCAUCCUCAUCUGCCGGCAGCAACAGAAGGAGCAGAGGCUGCAGGGAGCAGAGGAGGAGGAUGAUCUGGAGGGACCUCCAUCGUACAAGCCACCAACUCCCAAGGCCAAGCUGGAGGAGGCAGAGAUGCCCUCCCAGCUCUUCACUCUGGGGGCCUCAGAGCACAGCCCACUCAAGACCCCCUACUUUGAUGCUGGCAUCUCAUGUGCUGAGCAGGAAAUGCCUCGAUAUCAUGAGCUGCCCACCUUGGAAGAGCGAUCGGGGCCCCUCCUCCUGAGGGCCACAAGUCUGGGGUCCCCCAUCGUGAUGCCUCCGGGGCCAUCUGUUGUGGAGGGUGUUUCCCUGAACCUAGAGGAUGAGGAGGAAGAGGAGGAAGAUUAUCUGGACAAGAUCAACCCCAUCUACGACGCCCUGUCCUACUCCAGCCCCUCUGACUCCUACCAAGGCAAAGGCUUUGUCAUGUCCCGAGCCAUGUAUGUGUGAGCUGCCAUGGCUCUGGCCGCCCACUGCCUCACCUUUAAUCCCUCAACUUUCUGCCAGGGAUGGUAAUGCCCACUGACCUCUGGCCAGGUCACUGUCAGUUAACACACCUGCACCCAAGGUGACCCCCACCUUGGUGGCACCACUAUGACCUCUCGUCCAGGAUCUCUGACCCAAAAAAACUAUCCUUCGACAAGGAAAUCUGAUAACUUUAUCUCAUAUCUCUGAACCAAGAACUUAAAACUGUGCUCUGCCUCCCCUCUCAACUCCAAAAUGUCAAAGACCUCAAACCUAUGAUUUGUCCAGUAACUGUAGGCUAGGUGUUGGGGGCACCCUGCUGCUCAGACCUGAGCCCUCCAGGCAGCAGAGUGACAUUGGCCCCCUCCCUGCCCUGUUCUCCAAAGGUAGGAAAGAGGGCAUUCUCCAGCCCAAGGCAGAGCUUCCCCAUCUGCUCUCUCCUGCAGGCAGGAGUCUCAGGGUUCUGAGCCCCUACUACCCUAGUUCCUGUCUACAGAGAAUUAAAUCCCAGCCCAGGGCCAGAUGAGCCUCAUGCAGUGUGUGCCUUGAUGGUCCAGCCUCAGGAGAAGAAUUUGCUGUUACUUUGAAGACUACUGAGUCUUUUUACUCUUGUCCAGUUGGAUAGGACCCAAACCUCUCUGGGGUGGGGAGUGGGUCACCUGGUUGGGGGUAGAAGAUGUGUUGUUGUUUUGUAAUAUAGUCUUUCC